UAAUGAAACUUUUGGGGGGGCUCCAGCCCCAAAAUAGGGCUAGAAACACCCAUGCUUAGCAGGAAGCACGGGUCAGGUCAUAACCCGGUUGUUCACAAUGUUGAAACUGCCAGUGGCUUCACCACCACAUGAUCUGCUAAAUACUGAACUCAAAGUGUGGAGAUGGUCUCGGGCAGAGGAGCAGAUGAUUAAAAAACUAUAAAUGGCAAUCCUAUUUGACUUCAGAUAGAGCAGGCCUCAAGUACAGCAAUGGAUUAGUAUUUGCAGUAUGUUAGUCUAUGCAUGUUUAAUUUGACGGGCAACAGGCUGUGUAGUUUUAACUCCCUAUAUCAACACAACAUUCAAUUCAAGAAAGAAACUCUGCCCAUGUUUUCACCAAUUAAAAUCUACUUGUUCAAACCUAACAUAUUGACUUGUUCCCAACAUUAAGGGUUUGUCCUAUGAUAACUUAAAAUCUGUUGAUGUAAAAAAGGUUUGUACUAUCUGAUACAGUAACAUCUGUUGACGUAUGACGUUUUUCAAUCAAGGUUGUUGAAGGUCACACCCACUAUACUUGAUUGCUGUGACUAGAAAAGCAGGUGAACUCUAUUAGGCUGAUACUCUGUAGUCAAGAUAAGGAGGGCUAUUUAAGGGGUAACUGCUUAUGGUUUUCAGGGUUGGGCUUGUUCAGGUGUGCCUAAUAGUUGUAGCAAUGAGGGAGUGCAUUUCUGUUCACAUCGGACAAGCGGGCGUCCAGAUGGGCAACUCCUGCUGGGAGCUGUACUGUUUGGAGCAUGGCUUCCUGCCAGAUGGAACAGUGCAUACAUCCAACGCUGCCUCCCUGGCCGACACAUCCUUCGGUACUUUCUUCACUGAAACCGGUACCGGGAAGUACGUCCCCAGAGCCAUCUUUAUUGAUCUGGAGCCGUCGGUCGUGGAUGAAGUACGAAAUGGCGCCUAUCGUCAGUUGUAUCACCCUGAGCAACUGAUCAGUGGCAAGGAGGACGCAGCUAACAACUAUGCCCGCGGACACUACACCAUCGGCAAGGAGAUUGUGGAAUCCGUCCUUGACAGGAUGCGUAAAAUGGCGGACCAGUGCACCGGACUGCAGGGCUUCCUCAUCUUUCACAGCUUUGGCGGGGGGACCGGCUCUGGUUUCACCUCCUUGCUGAUGGAGCGUCUGUCUGUGGACUACGGUAAGAAGUCCAAGCUGGAGUUCUCUGUGUACCCUGCCCCCCAGGUGUCCACAGCUGUGGUGGAGCCCUACAACUCCAUCCUGACCACUCACACCACCCUGGAGCACUCGGACUGCUCCUUCAUGGUGGACAAUGAAGCCAUCUUUGACAUCUGCAAGCGCAACGUGGGGGUUGAGCGUCCCUCCUACACCAACCUCAACCGCCUGAUUGCCCAGAUUGUGUCCUCCAUAACUGCCUCCCUGCGUUUUGACGGCGCCCUCAACGUGGACCUGACUGAGUUCCAGACCAACCUGGUGCCCUACCCCCGCAUCCACUUCCCCCUGGUGACCUACGCCCCCAUCAUCUCAGCCGAGAGGGCCUACCACGAGCAGCUCUCCGUAUCCGAGAUCACCAACUCCUGCUUCGAGCCGGCCAACCAGAUGGUGAAGUGUGACCCCAGGCGUGGCAAGUACAUGGCCUGCUGCCUGCUCUACCGCGGGGACGUUGUCCCCAAGGAUGUCAACGCCGCCAUCGCUCACAUCAAGACGAGGCGCUCCAUCCAGUUUGUGGACUGGUGUCCCACAGGCUUCAAGGUGGGCAUCAACUACCAGCCCCCCACUGUGGUUCCUGGAGGGGACCUGGCCAAGGUGCAGAGGGCCGUGUGCAUGCUGAGCAACACCACCGCUAUUGCCGAGGCUUGGAGCCGACUAGACCACAAGUUUGACCUGAUGUAUGCCAAGCGUGCGUUCGUGCACUGGUACGUAGGUGAGGGCAUGGAGGAGGGCGAGUUUUCUGAGGCCAGGGAGGACAUGGCUGCCCUGGAGAAGGACUAUGAGGAGGUGGGGGCAGACUCUGGAGAUGACUUUGAGGAGGAGGAUGAAUAUUGAAUCUGUUAGGCCUGCGUGCUGUAACCUGUAUUAAAAUAUA